GCAGGUAUUCAAUUCUGAAAGAUGGAAGGAUUUGUUGUCUUAGUGAUUGUUCUACUUAUUGGAAUGUCGGGAAGUCCAACUCAUGCAAUUGAAGAAAGCGAGUAUUUGAGGUGUGACGUUGCAAUAGUUGGAGCAGGGMUUUCAGGUCUUUACAUGGGGUACGAAAUACUAAAAGAACAUGGAGGCAAAGUGUGUAUUUUUGAGAAAGAUGGCACCGUUGGUGGACGAAUUCGUGAUCAUCGUUUUGAAGAAGCUCCAAACAUAGAUGUUGGUCUUGGUGCAUGGAGAGUUGACAAAAAACACUUCCUAAUGCUAGAUUUCCUUGAUGAGAUUGAAAUUCCGUACAAAGAGUGGAGUUUUGUCGAACCCAGCUUGUACGAAGCAAGAGGAGUCACUUCGGACAAUUCGAAAGCCAUCAAAAUAGCUUAUCCCAUGCUGAAAGCAAAUCCUAAAUUUGGAAACAUGAGUUCCGGAGAGAUGUGGGACUAUCUCUUGAAACCAGAGAACGUUGCAAAAAGCAACGAGUUUUCCACUGUGUUUACUUACAUGUCUAAUUUGUUAACGUCUGAAGGUGCUUACUAUCUUGCUGACUUAUCWGGCUAUAAAGGUGACAUCACAGAAUUUAUCAACCCAACUCACUACAUUGAAUUUGUGAAAUUGUCAUAUUCACUCUCGGAUAAGUAUGUCAGGCCACACGGGGGGAUGUCUGCAAUGAUUAAUAAACUUCAUGAGGAAGUCCAAAACUAUGGAGGUAGUGUCUAUCUCAACGAUAGGGUGAUGUCUAUUUCCAAAAGUGGCUCAGAAUACAUUCUUAUGACAGAGAAACAUAAGGCGGUGGCUAAGAAGCUAGUUGUUGCUACACCUCCGAAACCGUUUUAUAACAUCGAAGGAAAUGUAGCCUCAAAGAUCAACUCAGCCCCACAGUUUCAAUCCAUUCAACCCAUUCCAGCGUUUAAAGGUGCAGGCAUUUAUGAGCAUCCUUGGUGGGAGAAGGUAAAAGUAGGCAAUACAAACUUCAAAGCAGGUCAGAAAUUUAUCUCUCAAGAUAACUGCAUUGGAAUAUCUAUGGCGCACAGGGGAUAUGGAACCAAAGGUGAGGGUGUCAUGCAUACCAUGUACAAUGAUGGYGCUUGUGCAGAAAGAUGGAAGGAUAUCGCCUUACUGAAAAGGAACUACAUUGACGAAGAAGUCCACAGAGCACUUGAAGCAAAAUUUGAGAUGAAAAUACCGAAACCGAUCAAAACAGAAUACCAGUAUUGGGAUUCGGCAUGGCACUUCCAAAAGCCAGAUACACCUUUCUCAAUGGUGGAUAUUAGUGAAUGGUCAAAACGACCAUUUAAAGAUGAGGACAUUUUUGUCGUUGGUGAAGCUUAUGACCCGAUGAGAGGCUGGUGCCAAGGUUCUUUAGUGUCCUGUCGCAAGGCGCUCUAUGAGGGCUGGGGGAUURAGAGGAAUGCCAUACACCAUGCUUAUAAAGAGRCAAAGAGAUCUUUUACUCUUCCCCAAAACCUUGACUCAGCAGCGCGUCCAUAAAUGAUCAAACAAAAAAUGAGUGUCAAUAUAUUAUAACAUGAUGUCAUUCAUGUUCAGUUAAUGGUGUUUGUAGUUCUAGCUUAAUGGCUAAAUAAAAGGUUGUCACUCAAA